AUGGAGACUUACAACGGGGUCCCCCUCAGCGAGCUUUUCCCUCAGGAGAAACUAGGAUGGCGCGGAUAUGUCGAGUGGGAGGACAAGCCGGAGCGCAAGCAAAUCGCAUCCGAGAUUCUGAAGACGAAGAAGUUCACCCCGAUCCCAGAGUUCCAAUUUGUGCCCCUCCCGAAGACGAACCCAAUCCUGGUCGGGCAUCGCUGGAAGGAGUACCAUGAGGCGCUCGGGCUGAAGAGUAUCGUCGACUUUAGCUGGGAGACUGUGCAGAAGGAGAAGCCGGGCAUGAUCCACCUGCUCGACUUUCCUUACAAUGGCGAAACACCCCGCCCAGAACUCGUCAGCGGCAAGAUCACCGACAACAAGUGGCAUUUUGUACGCAAUCACGGCGGCGUCCCGGAUAUCGAAGAAGAUGCGUUUGAGCUCGAGAUCGGCGGUCUCGUCAACACGCCGGUCAAAAUCAGCAUGAAGGACCUGAAGGACCCAUCGAAGUUCCCGCAAGAAGAGGUCACUGUGACUAUCCAGUGCAGCGGCACGCGCCGUAUCGAGCAGAUCCAGGAAUACCCCGGUGAAGGAGACGAGCUGAUCAACGCUCCUUGGGGAGAAGGUGCAAUUGGCACGGCUGUCUACCGAGGCGUGCCCCUCAAGAAAGUGCUCAAGCGCGCGUGUGGCGGCGUUCUCCCCGAAUGCAAGCACCUCGAGUUCGUCGGCGCAGACACGUACUUCAAGAAGGGCCAUGUGUUCAACUAUGCCGUCUCUGUCCCGUACCGCAAGGUCCGGGCAAACGAGGAGGUGCUCCUCGCCUGGGAGAUGAACGGCAAGCCACUUCCCAAGAUCCAUGGUUUCCCACUGCGCGCCGUGGUCACUGGCUACAUCGGCGCCAGGAGCACGAAAUGGCUGUACAAGAUCAACGCAAUUGCCGAACCGAGCAUGGCCCCAGUCCAGGCCCAGGAGUACUUGUACUUCACCCAGCAGAUCGGCAAGCAGAACGCCAAGUACUCCAAUGGGUUCUCUAUCCAGAACAUGCCUGUCUCGAGCGCCAUCAUAUUCCCCACAGACAAGCAAGUCGUGAUCCAUGAGGGCAAGAUCGCGCUUCAAGGCUGGUCCUAUAGCGGCGGCGGCAACUGGGUCGAGAGGGUGGAAGUUUCCAACGAUGGCGGCCAUGUCUGGUACGCUGUCGACCAGGACAACAUGACGGAGAAGCACUACCACGCCUGGCGACUCUGGAAGAUCGAGCUGCCGGUCGACGCCGAGGGUUGGCUCGAGUUUUGCGUCCGGUCGUGGGAUUCCUCCAACAACACUGAGCCUACGUUUGUCCGCUCGGCGUGGAACUGGGAUUUGCACGUCACCUCAUCUUGCCACCGCAUCAAGAUCUACAGUGUCAACAAGUCGAAACCCGCCACCGCCGCCCGUCUGGCCGAGAUCGAGGCCAAGGGCGUCAGCUUCAACCCACUCACCAUGCCGCUCGAGUGGAGCCUCGAGAGCGAGGAAGACUACCUCAAGAAUAUGCGGAAGCACCCUCGCGAGCCCCUCAACUAG